AUGGCUCCCAAUGUACCAGACCAGGCCGAGUUGGACAGUCACCACGAUGAGCUCAGAUCGCUAUGGCUUGAACAAGGAUGGAGCGUUAAACGGAUCAGAAGCUUCAUGGUGGAGAGACAUGGCUUUAACAGGAGUGAGCAACAGUAUAUGCGCUAUUUCAACAAAUGGGGCUUCAAGAAGAACUUCACCACCUCAGACUGGAAUUUUAUUGCAUAUCGUCAAGAGAAGCGGAAGCGAGAUGGAAAAGACCCAGGUGAAGUGUGGCAGAACGGAAAAUUGGUUCCUGAACGGAAAGUGAGGAAGGAAAUUUCUCGUCAUGUCACGCUAUCAUCGCAGUAUACGGCGGCUCAGACCUCCGAACCACAAACCCCCGAAGGCAUUAUGGUGUGCACUCCACAGCCAAGCAUGGAAACUGAGGUCACGAAUUCCCUCGACAGCAAUCCGCCGAGCCUGUAUCCCACGAGCGAUCUAGAUAUGAUGGGAUGUGAGAUUUCAAAUGACCUCCUUCACAUCGAUUUGAAUCCACCACAAGUCCAAUAUGACCCUUCUCAAGUGGAAUUCCCAAAUCUCUUCCUGCAGGACAGUGGAGCAUUCAUCGCAGAUCCAUAUCUCAGAGACUUCAAUCUAGAUCACACGCUGCUUAUACCCGACUUUGCCAUCUCGGCAUCUUCCCAGGAGUUGGUAGCUCGAAUCCUGGAAUGCUCUGAUCCUAUGGGUAGUGAGAUCCUUCACGAGACUCGCUCGAUCCUGAUGGAGUCCAAUGCAUUCGACAAAGAUAAUUCCAGAAGCUUUAUCUCUGCUCUUGAGCCUAUCACGAUAGACGACGGAAAUGGCAGCUUCAAAGCGAAGGCAGAGUUUAUGUUCCACUCACCAGACUCUGAUAAGCUGUCUCUUUUCUUGCAACUCUGCAUCUUUCUCUCUUCCAACAAUUUGCUUCCGCAACAGUCGACAGAGAAUCUAGUACGGCUCAUAACGAGAAAUCGUGCCCACUCCACACUCGAACUUGUUAUCAGUUCAAAAAGCACAGAAAUCGAGAUAUUCAUGAGCAAUCUGCUAGCUGGUGCAGCAGCGGUUGGGGAUGUGCAGACAUGCCGAAUCCUUAUCGAGGCAGGAGCAGACAUAGACGCUUCCAGUGGGCCAACUUUGCUAACACCCCUCCAAUAUGCACUCCGAGAAGACAAUGUCGAAUGCGCAAAAAUGCUCCUUGAGGCUACUGCAAACCCAAAUUUCACUGCAGUCGAUGGGGAGAGACCCCUUCAUAUUGCGUGUCUGAACUGCAAAGGGUCUGAUUCCGUGAAGCUUCUGUUGCAGUACAAAGCUCAUGUGAAUCUACCAACCAUUCGAGACACGCCUCUCCAGAUUGCCACACGUCGAGGUAGGCAUGACCUAGUGCGCAUUCUUCUCGAUGAAAAUGCGGAUCCAAAUCUCACAUCAUCUAGCAAUGCAACUGCUUUACAAAUAGCAUGUUGUAUUGGGGGUGAUGCUGCAAUAGUAGAUACUCUGGUAGCUGCUGGAGCGAACAUUGAUAUGAGGCCUGGAUAUGAUGCUCAGAACAAAUCCAAUUCAGAGCACGAUGAUGAAGAAAUCGAUUUGGAAUUUGGAGAGCUUGCCCAUGGCAUUCCAAAUCACUUGAAGCCUGCAAUCCUGAUAGCCGCGGAUCAAGAAAAUUGGGAGGCGGUUCAGCUGUUGCUGGAGGAAGGGGCUACAAUAGACAUUGACUGGACCAAAUGCUCGCCAACACUUCUUGAUAAGGAGAUGAGUAGAGCCUUCGAUGAAGAGGUCUUACCCGUGUUUAGCCCCCUUCAUGCAGCUGUCAGGUCAGGGAACAUCACUAUGGCCCGCAUGCUUUUGAGUGCUGGCGCGAACUUCGAUGCAAGACCGGGAGGAAUAUAUGGCUAUACUGCACUCCAGAUAUGUGCCGCUAAGGGAAACCAACGACUCAUUGAGAUUCUACUGAGAAAAGGCGCGGAUAUCGAUGCCUGUGCGGGUGACUACCUUGGAGAGACUGCAGUGCAGGCCGCUGCUUGUCAUUCGGAUAUCAGUGUUCUCAGUUUUUUAAUUGAGGAAGGCGCAGAUCCUAACGGUCUGCCUGGAAAACGAGAAGGCUUCACUGCUCUACAGAAAGCUGUUAUGGCUGCAAACGUUGAGGCCGUUCAAUUACUCCUGGACGCAAAUGCAACUGUCAACACAGAUCCAGCCCUGACUGGCGGGGCCACGACGAUUGAUCUUGCAUUCGAUAUCGAAGAAGAUGUAUCAAGGAUUGAGAUUUUGAGGCUCCUCCGGCAAGCUGGUGCGCAUACUCGGAAACCUAAAAGCCUGGAUCUCUCGUCUGGUCUUCUUCAUUCCGCGGUCAGACGGCGUGACGUAGAAUCAGUGGAGAACCUUCUGAAGAGGGGCGAAAAUCCAAAUCUAGGGUAUUGCAGCAUCGCAAAGCGCACUCCACUGCAACAAGCUUCCUACAAUGGAGAUCAGGUAUUGGUGCGCCUACUUACAGAUUAUGGAGCUCAUGUCAACGCUGCACCCUGGCAGGUUGAUGGAUAUACGGCUUUGCAGGCAGCAUCUCUUGGUGGUCAUAUGCCUGUGGCAAAUUUUUUGUUGGAACUCGGCGCACAAAUCAAUUCAGCAGGAUCGUACGAGGGAUAUUCGGCAGUUGAGUGUGCCGUCAAGAGCUGCAAUUUGGACCUAGUCCAACUUUUCCUAAACUUGAUGCCUGAUGCUAUAUCAUCAGAUACCAUUUGCAGAGAUCGAAUUGUUGGCCUCUUUCUAUGCGCUAAAAACUCGGGCGUCGCACAUAAUGCGACCACUUUGAAGCUACUGAUAGAUGCAGGCGCAAAUGUCAACGGUACCUUGAAAGUCGGUACCUUGGAAAUACCGUUUCUACAACAAGCAGUCCGGUGUUCUAACCGCGACAUUGUCCAGUGCCUGAUUUUGGGAGGGGCCGAUUUGAAUGGGCGCUACAAAAGCGAUCAAGGCGGCGCUGCAACCGCGCUUCAGGAAGCAGCAGUUAUCAAAAACGCUGUUGUUGCUCAGUUACUACUCGAGUGGGGCGCAGACGUCAAUUCGCCCGCAGACAGCGAAGGUGGCUAUACAGCGCUUCAGGCAGCCGUCAUCAAUCAAGACUGGACAAUGGUGAGGCUUUUGAUUUCUUUUGAUGUCGAUGUCAACGGUGCCCCCAGUCCAAAAGGAGGCCGAACCGCCCUUCAAUGGGCCGUGACGAAGGGCUCUCUACCACUCACGCGUUUCUUAAUCAGCAAUGGGGCUGAUUUGAAUGGGCCACCUGCACCUUUCCGAGGUUGCACAGCUAUGCAAGCAGCUGCACUUCACGGCAACAUUCGCAUUGUGCAGAUGCUUCUUUCUGCAGGAGUACCCGUCAAUGAGGCUCCCGCCGCUGAGGACGGGCGAGGCGCUACUGAAGCUGCGGCAGAAAAUGGCAGACUCGAUACCCUUCACAUGCUUUUGAACUUUUACCCUGACACGGAAGACUUCGAUAUUGUGAAAAUGCGAGCGGCGAGAUUGGCCCGCGCAAAUGGUCGAGUAGCUAUCGAGAGGUUCUUGUUGGCCUAUCGUAAAGUGACUCGGAAGAAGUAA